CCAUGAAAAUCCUUACUCUUCUCUUCUCAAUCUUCUUCUUCCUCCUCCUUCCCUUCACUUCUCAAACCUCUUACUAUGUCCCUACCGAUGACAUCGCCGUCGACUGCGGUAUCGCCGCCUUCAGAAUCGCACGGGACGGCCGGAAUUGGACAGGCGACGACGCCACCCAUUUCUCCCCCUCCGACCCACCAAACGCCGUUGACAAAUCCACCGUCAGGUCCAAUUUUGCCAACGCUGUCAACGACCCCCUCUUCAAAACCGCACGCCUCUCUCUCUCCCCCUUCACCUACUCUUUUCCGGUCUCCGCCGGCCCCAAAUUCAUCCGCCUCCACUUCUUGCCAGAUGCUUACGGCGAAUUCCCCGAAUCAGACGCCUUGUUCACCGUUCAAAUUCCCCAAUUCACUCUCCUCAAAGACUUCAACGCCGCCCUCGUAGCCGAUUCCUUAAACCAAAACACCAUCUCCAAAGAGUUCUGUAUCCAUGUCGCCGGAGAAGCCCCGAUAUUGAAUAUCACCUUCACCCCAUCUCCGAAUUCUUACGCCUUCGUCAACGGAAUCGAAGUUGUCUCCAUGCCGGAAAGCCUUUACUACUCUCCGGCGAAACAGGGGCCGACGCCGAUAGUCAGAAACAACAUCGCCCUCGAACUUUAUCAUCGGUUAAACCUCGGCGGCGACAAGGUCCCGCCUAGUGAAGAUUCCGGCAUGUACCGAACAUGGAAUGGGAAUAAUCCGUACGUAAGUUCUCUAGUCUUCAAAAUUGAAAAUUACUCCGUUCCUAUAAACUAUACAACUUCCACUCCUAAUUUCACAGCCACAGAUUCUGUUUAUCAGUCCGCUUUAAUUUUGGGGAAUAACAAAACUUUCAAUUCCUUAAACAACUUGUCUAUGGACUUGCCCGUCGAUGCCGGAUUCAAUUAUCUGGUGCGGCUCCAUUUUUGCCAGAUUCACUAUAAUCUGUUCCGUGAAGAACAGAGACGUUUCAUAGUGUUCAUAAAUGGCCGGAAAAUCGACGCCCUCGAUAUAAAUUCCGUCAAUUCUCCGAUUCACAAGGACUACAAUGUUCCAAUGGCGGAUGGGCGUAAAAAUAUCCUUGUUGAUUUAAGCCCAUUACCGAGUGAGAGCUUCGAUGCAAUUUUGAAUGCAAUUGAAGUGUUCAAACAGAGCAAUGGCACUAAUCUUGCAGUACCUAACCCAGUGGGGCCGGCUCCUCCGCCGCCGGAAGUUAAACCAGUAGUCAAAAAGUCAAAUUCAACGGUGAUCAUCGCCGUCGUGUGCGGCGUCGUGGGGUUUGCCAUCCUAUUCUCCCUUGUUGGAUUCGUGAUCAUACGGAAACAGAGUAAGAAGAAAUCUAGGAAGAAGAAGAAGAAGAAGAAGAUGAAGAAAACGACCGAGGAUAUCUUACUACCUGAACGACGGUGCCGGAUUUUCACGUUUGAAGAGAUUUUAGAUGCGACGGAUAAUUUUAAUCCGGAGGGGGAGAUCGGAAUUGGUGGAUUUGGUGCCGUUUACAAGGGAAUUUUGGAGGAGGAAGAGGAUCUCACCGUCGCAAUAAAACGGCUGAAUCCGGAAUCCCAACAAGGCGCACAAGAAUUCAAGAUGGAGAUCGAAUUGUUAUCAGAGCUCCGCCACGCAAACCUUGUACCCCUCAUCGGAUACUGCUUGGAAGGCAAAGAAAUGCUGCUAAUUUAUGAAUUAAUGCAAAACGGAACAUUUAAAGACCAUCUCUACGACACCCAAAAUCCUCCUCUACCAUGGAAGAAGCGCCUCCUAAUCUGCCACGGGGCGGCGCGUGGUCUAAACUACCUACACACCGGCGUCGAUCGACCCAUCAUCCACCGUGACGUGAAGACAACAAAUAUCCUUCUAGACGAAAAUUGGGUCGCAAGAGUUUCUGAUUUUGGGAUGUCGAAAUUGGGGCAGAGCAACACGGCGGUCAUCACGGCGGUGAAAGGAACCUGGGGGUAUUUGGACCCGGAAUAUCACCGCCGUCUUAAGGUAACGGAAAAAUCCGACGUGUACUCAUUUGGGGUCAUCUUGUUCGAAGUGCUCUGUGGGAGAAAGCCACUGGACCCCCUCGCCGGCGAAGAGAAGUUCAAGCUUACGCUAUGGGUUAAAAAAUGCUUAGAGAAAGGGAGUGUUUAUGAAAUUAUUGAUCCAAAUUUGAAGGGGAAGAUUUCGCAGGAUUGUUUGAAGCAGUACUUGGAGCUGGCGGCGGCCUGUAUUAACGAUCAGUCGAAGCACCGGCCGACGAUGGCAAUGGUGGAGGAGAAGUUAAUGUUCAUCUUGCAGUUGCAGGAGGAAGCAGAUGAGGAUCGUGCCGACGACGAGUUGAGCUAUCCAGAGGGGCCAUUUUCUCCAAUCAGGUCGAUGGUGGGUCCUGUCCGGAGUGAGUCGUAUAAAGGCCACCUCGCCACCGUGCUGAGCGGCUCCGAUUUCACGGCGUCGACGCUUAUGAGUGAAGAUAUGUUCAGUGAACAGAGCACUAGCUCUGCGUCCCUUUCUCGGAACCAGCCUGCUAAUGCCUAGUUUGGUAAUUUCGGUUUUUUUGUUCCCUAAGUUUAAUCUUUAUUGUGAUUUAAAUAUAAUAAUAUAAUUUAUAUCUA